CUCAAGAGACUAUAAAUAAUCUUCCCGUUUAUCUGCUGUUCGCUUCGUCUUUGUCGUUCUGCAACUCUCUCUCUCUUUCGCGCGCGGUCAUGGCGGUGUGGUUUGCGGGAUCAGAAUGAAGGGGCACAGGGCGGUGCAGAGCUACUCAUGAACACUUUCAGAGCCGUCAGCGUCUCUUUCCUUCUUUUCUCAGUCUUCUUCUGCAGCUUCGAGGCGAGGGCGUCGUUGCAGCGGCACUUGUCUUCCUCCGCCAAUGGCGACGACGACGCCCGCCGGCUCCUGGACUUCAAGGCUGCCGUCUCCGGCCGCGACGCGCUCCCCGAUUGGCUUCCGGGCAACCGCGUCUGCGACUUCCACGGUGUCGCUUGCACCGCCGGUCGCGUCUCGUCUCUGGCGCUCAGCUCGAGGCAGCUCACCGUCGAUCUUCGACACGUUGUGGAGUUGUUGAUGGGUUUGGAUGGGUUGGAGAGUUUGCGGCUGAGCUCCGCGAAUGUCACCGGAAAUCUCUCCGCCUUGGCUGGGAUGGCCUGUCCAGUGGGUUUAGCUGUUCUUGACCUUGGUGGGAACUCCAUAUCCGGCGACCUCUCCGGCAUCUCUGGCCUGAGGUCUUGCUCCAGCCUCGUUCAUUUGAAUUUAUCCGGCAACGCGAUUUCCUUCUCGGCUGGAGGCAGCGGAGCAUUGCCUCCGGCGCUCGAGGAACUCGACCUGAGCUUCAACAGCAUUUCCGGCGAAGGGGCGCUUACAUGGAUACUCUCUUCCGGGGGUUGCCGGACGCUUCGGUUGCUCUCCCUAAAGGCGAACACAGUUUCUGGCGGGAUCUUGGUCGCCGAGUGCGCGAACUUCUGGAAACUAGACCUGUCGGCGAAUAACUUUUCCGGCGGUAUCCCCGAUCUAGGCGCCUGUGCCUCGCUGGAGUAUCUGGAUCUCUCUGCGAACAGGCUUUCGGGAGAGAUCGGCGAUGGUGUUGCCCGGUGUGGGCGGCUGAAGCACCUCAACCUUUCGACAAACGCCUUCUCUGGCGGGAUACCGUCGGCUGGCCUCGGCCGGAGCCUCCGUUACCUCUCUCUUUCCGAUAACCAUCUCCAAGGUCACAUUUCCUCCUCCAUCUUCGAGUCUUGCUCGUUCCUUCUCGAUCUCGACCUCUCUAUAAACAACUUAUCCGGUGUUUUGCCGCCCUCUUUCGCCCGUUGCUCGGCCUUGGAGAGAAUCAACCUCGCCAGAAACAACCUCUCUGGUGUCCUCCCUGUUCGGAGCCUAUCACUCCUGGCCAACCUAAACAGCUUAGUUUUAUCCUACAAUUACUUCUCCGGCAAACUCCCAUCAGACCUCCUGGCGAACCUAUCCAUGCUCGAGACUCUGGACCUUAGCUCCAACAGCAUCUCCGGUACGAUCCCAUGGGCCAUCUGCCAGAGCCCUCAGAACUCACUCCAGGAGCUCUACCUCCAGAACAACCAGCUCGUGGGCUGGGUUCCGGCGACACUGAGUAACUGCUCUAAGCUCGUCUCGCUUGAUGUCAGCUUCAAUUUUCUCACCGGGACGAUUCCGUCGAGCCUCAGCAAGCUCACUCGCCUCCAGGACCUCGUGAUGUGGCUAAACCAGCUAAGCGGCAACAUACCAGUGGAGCUCUCGCAGAUUAGUACCUUGGAGAAGCUCAUCCUCGAUGACAACUGGCUCACGGGAGGCAUUCCCUCCGGCUUGAAAAACUGCACCAACCUUAAUUGGCUCUCGCUUUCGUCGAACCUCCUGUCCGGCGAAAUUCCGGCGUGGAUUGGCCUGUUGCCGAAUCUUGCGAUCCUGCAGCUCAAGAAUAAUUCCUUGUAUGGAGUCAUUCCGCCCGAGCUUGGAGACUGCAGGAGCCUCAUCUGGCUCGACCUGAACAGCAACCGGCUUACUGGUCCGAUCCCGGGUUCGCUGGCGAAGCAAUCGGGAAGCAUCGCUGUGGGCCUCAUUUCCGGCAAUCACUACGCUUACCUGAAGAAUGACGGAGGCCCCACCUGCCACGGUGCUGGAAGCCUCCUCGAAUUCGCCGGAAUCCGGCCGGAGCAGCUCCUAAGGGUGCCUUCUAGCCACGCCUGUAACUUUACGAGACCAUACAUAAGCGACACCCACUAUACAUUCAAUAAAAAUGGCAGCAUGAUCUUCCUGGACCUCUCUUACAACUUUCUGUCCGGUUCUAUCCCGCCGGAGCUUGGUUCCAUGUACUAUUUGAACGUUCUCAACCUCGGCCGCAAUUCGCUCACCGGCGAGAUCCCGGACGAACUGGGAAAGCUCACGAGGAUGAACGUGCUAGACCUCUCACACAAUCACCUGCAGGGGCCCAUUCCUCCUUCCUUCUCCGGACUCUCCCUCCUCUCUGAGAUUGACGUCUCCAACAACAACCUGAGCGGGGCGAUCCCUACCGGCGGCCAGCUCUUUUCGUUUCCGGCUUACCGCUUCGAGAACAAUUCCGGCCUGUGCGGCCUCCCUUUGCCCGAUUGCGGCGACGGUUCGUCGUCCACCUCCUCCCCUGCCACCAGAAACAAGGCCCGAAAGAAGAACGCGUUGCUGGCAGGGCGCGUGGUGAUUGGCAUUCUCUUUUCUUUCUUUUGCAUAGUGGGGAUUGUGAUUGUCGCCAUGGAGACCAGGAAGCGGCAAAGGAAGAAGAAGCCGGCCGUCGACGACGUGUUGGGCGACAGCCGGUCAUUGGAACGGGGCUGGAAGUACACUGGCGACAUGCGCGAGGCGCUCAGCAUCAGCCUGGCCACCUUCGAAAUCGAGAAGCCGCUGCAGAAGCUCACCCUCGGGGACCUGAUCGAGGCCACCAACAACUUCCACUACGACAGCCUCAUCGGCUCCGGCGGGUUCGGCGACGUUUACAAGGCACAACUCAAGGACGGCAGCAUCGUGGCGGUGAAGAAGCUGAUUCACGUGAGCGGCCAAGGCGACCGCGAGUUCACCGCGGAGAUGGAGACCAUUGGGCGGAUCAAGCACCGGAACCUAGUGCCCCUUCUUGGCUACUGCAAGGUUGGGGAGGAGCGGCUCCUUGUGUACGAGUACAUGAAGAACGGCAGCCUCAGUGACGUCCUCCACAACCCGAAGAAGGGCGGUGCGGAGCUCGACUGGACGGCGAGGCGGAAGAUCGCGGCGGGUUCGGCGAGGGGGUUAGCCUUCCUCCACCACAGCUGCUCCCCCCACAUCAUCCACAGGGACAUGAAGUCGAGCAACGUGCUGCUGGAUGAUAACCUGGAGGCGAGGGUGGCUGACUUCGGGAUGGCGAGGCUGGUGAGCGCCACGGAGACCCACCUUAGCGUCAGCACGCUCGCGGGGACGCCGGGGUACGUGCCGCCGGAGUACUACCAGAGCUUCCGGUGCAGCACCAAGGGGGACGUCUACAGCUUCGGGGUGGUGCUGCUGGAGCUGCUCACGGGGCGGAAGCCCACUGACUCGUCCGACUUCGGGGACAACAACCUGGUGGGUUGGGUGAAGCAGCACGCCAAGCUCAGGAUCGGCGACGUGUUCGACCCGGCGUUUGGGGCGAAGGGGAAGCCGGAGAUGGAGGUGGAGCUGCUGCAGCACCUACGGAUCGCCUGUCAGUGCCUGGACGACCGACCGUGGAGGAGGCCCACCAUGCUGCAGGUGGUGGCCAUGUUCAAGGAAUUGCACGCCACCGUGCCUCGCCGGGAGGCCGAUAAGAGCCCCAAAUAGACCGUCUGCCUGCUCCGAUAGAAAAAAGCAGAAAGAAAAAUCCUUUGGCAAUGAAUGAUGCUUGGCGGCUCCGGCGGACGGCCGGCCGGUCUUUCGCUUUUUCCCCACUUUUCUUCCCUGCCCUUAUGAUCUGGAAUUUUUUGAUCCCGUCUUCUCGGACCAUUCCAGGCAAAAGAAGGAAGGUGAAAAAAAAAAAAAAUUACCACUGCAGGGUUGAACAUGCGGAAAUUUUUUACACCAACGAUUUGAUUUUUAUCCUUUUGCGUGUCAAUUAUUGUCUACUUGGUAUGUACAUGAACCGGUUUUUGUAUAGAUUUCUUAUUGCCAUGUUUAGACUGAAAAAUAUCGAUACAUUUUAUCCUA